UGGAAGUGUGCGGAGGGUGGGAUACCAGGCGCUACACAACUCCCGUGAAGUCGGUGCAGUGAAGACGUGAUAAUUCAAAGCCAAAUUUAAGUCUAUGUAUCGGAAAUUGCAGUGUAAAUAACUCAAACGGCUUAGUAGAACAGGUGGUGACGGCACGAGCAGGAUUCACCCAGUGUUUAUUAUAGGGCCCCCUGGCUCCCCCUUAAAGCAUGUCACCCAUUGCUCAGCUGGUGGUCUGUACAACUAAGAAAAAGAUGGAGUUAAGGGUUGGCAACAAGUAUCGUCUAGGACGGAAGAUAGGAAGUGGAUCUUUCGGUGACAUAUACUUGGGAACAAACAUAUCGACGGGCGAGGAGGUAGCCAUUAAAUUAGAAUGCAUCAAAACCAAACAUCCACAGUUACACAUAGAGUCCAAGUUUUAUAAGAUGAUGGCAGGUGGUGUAGGUAUUCCAGGAAUCAAGUGGUGUGGCUCUGAAGGCGACUACAACGUUAUGGUUAUGGAGCUGUUAGGGCCGUCCUUAGAAGACCUCUUCAACUUCUGUUCUAGAAAGUUUUCUCUUAAGACAGUUCUCCUCCUGGCAGAUCAACUUAUAACCAGGAUAGAAUAUAUCCAUAGCAAGAAUUUCAUCCACCGAGACAUAAAGCCAGACAACUUCCUCAUGGGCUUGGGAAAAAAGGGAAAUCUUGUGUAUAUCAUAGACUUUGGUCUAGCAAAAAAGUACAGAGACUCUCGCACACAUCAACACAUACCAUAUCGGGAAAACAAAAAUUUAACUGGUACUGCACGUUAUGCCUCGGUUAACACUCAUCUUGGUAUUGAACAAAGCAGAAGGGAUGACUUAGAAAGCCUAGGGUAUGUGUUGAUGUACUUCAACAGAGGAUCUCUUCCCUGGCAAGGACUUAAAGCUGCUACCAAAAGGCAAAAAUAUGAAAGAAUCAGUGAAAAAAAGAUGCAGACACCUAUUGAGGAGCUCUGCAAAGGAUUUCCUAAUGAGUUUGCGACGUACCUGAAUUUCUGCCGGUCUCUGCGGUUUGAGGAAAAGCCAGACUACAGUUACCUGAGGCAACUCUUCCGCCAGCUCUUCCAUCGUCAGGGCUUUACCUAUGACUAUGUCUUUGACUGGAAUAUGCUCAAAUUUGGUGGUUCACGAAAUCAAGAAAAUGAGGUAGAACGAAGAGAUCGUCAGAGCCACAAACCCCAAGCCACAGGUGCCACGUCCCGGAUACGGCACGACACUACCGUCGGGGGUGUUUUGCCCUCCCCAACAGCGGGUGUAGGGCGACUGCGAUCAGGAAGUGAGAGCGAACAACGUGUGAGCAUGAGGGUACACCGAUCUGGGACUUCUAAUGCACAGACCCCUGAGCUGUCAAGAGCAACGGAUAGAUGUGUUGAAACUUGGGCCAACAGUGUGAGUCCCCCAGUAUCUGGAGGGGUGAUACGUAGAGGAUCAGCUGGCAGGGACGGCACCUUUAGAUAUCCAGCAAAGAAGUGAAGAUUAGGCAUCCAAUUUAGCUUGGUUCUUUGUAAUGACUUGGCAGUGCUGUACAUGAUAGUGUAGUAAGAUGCUGCUAUGUGAUGGUCAACACCACAGCCAUAAAUUUGAUUGAACUUGCACGAAAGUUUUGCGUGUAUUAUGGCCACACGGGCAGUUGCUUGACGUGCAGGGGGUGUUGCUGUCAGCAGUGCAAACAUUUUACUGGCCAGCAAAGCUCAAGCUUAUCUGACAAUAUGUUGAUGGAAAAUGUGAACUCCUUUGGAAUGAAAGCCAUGGCCUUAAUUAUAGUAUUUAUGAAAAUGUGUAAUACAAACUUUAUAUGACAAGUGAAUGCAUUAAAUGCACCAAUUAGUUCUAUCAAUUAUAAUUUUGUAAUUGUUUAUGAUGAAACUUGUGGGAUGAAGCUGUCAUCAGGAUCAACAAGUGUGUAGUGUCUUUGAUUUUAUUUUUUUUUUAGUUUGUAUAAUGUGUACAUUCACCUGUUAAUACAGUAUGGUGUUCUUGAAUACAGAGGUAAUCUUAAGUUGUGUACUUUGUCGGUACCAUUGAUCUCAUUGCCUGCAGGUCUUCAUGGGGGCAUCUCUUAUGGUAAUAAAAACUGCAAAUGUGAUGUAAGUAAGUAUGUACUAGCCAGACUCCAUUACUUCCUUGCAGAUGCUUAGUCUAUAAGCUAUUAAGAGUUGAGUUUAAUGCAUCAGUUAUAGCAAACAGUUGCAAUGUAAAAUGAAACUUGAUGAAAAGAUUGUUUGAAAAUAUAGGAAUAUAUUGCUAUGUAUAAUGUGUUGAUGGUAGCCAUAUGUAAAGCUUUUUUACACUUUUUAUUAUUAAUACCAUAUGUAAAGUCAAAACCCUCUUUAGUUUAUCUCAGCUUAUCAUUGCCAUCUUAAUGACUCAAAUGUUUAUUAAAACUUAAAUUUAUCUACAAAAGCUAUAUUAUUGUGGUUAUCAAACAGAGAAGCUUAUACUGUACUAUACCUGCUGUGUUCAAAGUAAAAGUAUCCUGUAGUCAUUUUUUAUUAUUCUGGUAUUUUCUCCCAUUAAAUUUUAAAUCUUGCCCAAGUUAUUGUCAAAAUUUGUGAAAUAUUAAUGAUAAUUAAAAUAUAAAUUUAUUUUUUAAAUAGCUUAAGUGAAGUGUAUUGGCCACAAGUAUUGGCACAAAAGUUUACCUUCAUUUUUUAACUCCUGUGAACUUUUGGCCAGUGAUCUUGCAUAGAUACAGUACUUUAAAGUAUGAUAUACUGUAUGCAUAUUGUUACCAAUUAAUUUUCACAACAAUAGAUUCAUAGGAUAAUCGGGUGUAUGCAUUUACUGUAAGUGAUACAGUACUGCUGGCCUUCCAUUGGGUCAUGACUCCUGGGAGAAAGGACACAGUGUCUUAAAUAAAUCUUCCAGGUGCUGAAAUUUAGUUGAAGUGUUCCUGAGAGGAGCGUAAUUGUUAAUAAAGAAUAAACAGCUUGCAUUCCUUAACAAACAAAUGUUAGUUCAGCAUAGAAGCAUUUUGUGUAAGGGAUCACCUUAUGGGUUCACAGGUAAAGUGGUACUGUUUCUUAGAGCCGUGUGAGUGAGUGUUAAGAGGUUCUCUAGGGGCACAAAUUAAUGUUGUACCACCUCUCAACCCUAAAUUAUUAAAUACACAACAAAAUUCAGAUGGGUUAGGGUUAGAAGUGAUAUGAUACUGAUUUCUUGGCCCACAGAUGGAGUAAGUCCUCUCUACACACAAACACAUUGGUUCAAAAACAUUAAUGCACCAUGUUUGAAAUACUGAAGUGCCCAUUAAGCCAGAGGAUUCAUAUACCAUGUGGAUUUAACUUGCUUUUGUUUUUACUUUUGUAUCCCAGCUAAAAGUGUUAGGUGCUCAUUCACUUUUAGACUUCCUAAUUAUUCAUUACUUGUCUCUUUGAUACAUACAUGAAGAUAAACUGGUUCAGGAUUAUUGAGGUUAUGAUGAAUAUUUAGGAAUUACUGCAGAGGAAUUUGGUACUAGUAAGCAAAGUGUUUCAUUUAUGAGUUGGUUGCUGUCUACUACUGAAUACUGUAGUAAUAUCAUAAAGUGUCAUGUUUUGGAAUUUGGCUACAUUAUGUCUGACUAUGGGAGAAUUUUGCUACAUUGUCUAAUUAUGGGAGAAUUUGGCUACAUUGUCUGAUUAUGGGAGAAUCUGGCUAUGUUAUGUCUGAUUAUAAUGGGAGAAUUUUAUGUAUUUAUGUCUUUAUUUAUUUAUAGCUCAUUAAUAGUUUUUUGUGCAUUUAAUAUGAUGAAACAAGUGUUUAGUUCUCACUGGCAGUGAAGUGAUCAACAACUUAUGGUAAUAAAUACUGACUCCCAUCUUGGACUAUACUCAGUCUAGCCAUGUUCUUAAAUGUGACCCAGUCAUUGUAUUUACCAUCAUUCAUAUACAAGUGAGUGCAUAAUGAUAUUUGUCUUUGAAUGGGCUGAGUGUUUCAGAGGAGUAAAUGUGAGAGUUUUAUGCUUUGAUGUCUGAAUGGGGGAGUGCCUGCUGGAUUAUUUUUUUCAAGGCAGACGUAAUGCAGCAUUUUAUAGUUUUAUGCAGUGGGAAAAGGGGAUAUUUAUGUAUCAUUUUUCAUAUUCAGGUUAUUUUGUAAUAAUCAUGUUCUCACUCAAUUAAAAAUAGGAUUGUCAUUGUUGUACUUUGUAUUGUAAAUUUAAACAUUUUGGGAAAUGUUGAUAUUGAUCAUUGCACAUUCACUACUUCACGCUUGAACAGAUUACUGUGACGAAAUGAUGAGAGUUCUUUUUCUCCACAAUUUUCCUACUUAGUGAAAAUAUCCUUUGACAUUUCACCUUUCAACCCUGUUAUACAUAUUGGUAUACGUACUCAGUUAGCGGUGAUCAUUACAAAACAGGAUUAUUCCCUUUGUUCUGUCUUAAUUAAAUACAGUACACACACACACACACACACACUCAGACAUAAACAGGCAUCCCUCAAUUAUUGUAGACUCAAACAAAACUUUGCAAAUUGAGCAAAUUCAGGAACAAAUUCUGAUAAAUGAACUAAAAUUUACAUCUUGGGUAACCUUAAGUAUUUUACUGAACACAAAAUAAUCUUUAUUCUAUAACAUAUAAAGACAAACUAAAAUUAACUACUGUAAGAACAUAUUGUUAUUGUCAUGUCUUAAUGUACUAGUACAGUACAGUAACCAGAAGCUGACCCUCAGAUCUCUCCUGUGGGAGCAUCCAUGUUUACAUUCUCCAACAUUGUUUUCUGAUAUGGAAGACAAAUUAAGCUGUACUAUACAUGUUUAUUUUGUAGGUAAAACCACAAAUUACUGUACGUAUAUCUUUUUAAUUUUCAUUAAAUAAACUUGUGGCCAUUUUAUUAUGACAAUAGUUUAUAAUAUAAAUCUUGUUUCUCAUUAUCUAGUACAGUAUGUGCCUACAAGUGUUGUAGGUUAUAUUAUGCCAUUCAGAGGCAGAUCCAGGAAUAUCAAAAGGGAGGGGGUCCAAGAAGUUGUGGGUGGGGGAACAUGGCGAGUGCAGCGAGCCCACCCAACUGGGGGUUUUGGGGGCCACUGUAAACCCCCCCAGAAUUUUUUUUUGAAAUCUGACCAAUAUCAUGGACAUUAUGGGGCCAUUUUGCAGCCAUGCACACUUCACAUUAGGAGAUAUUUUGAAGUCAAUAGUAAAUACUUUUUACAAUACAAAAAUGCCUGAGUACAAUACAGUACUGCAUUUAAGAAAAAGUAUUGGAAUUUUCUGGUGGAAAGGGGAGUUCUGGUCCCCCAGGAACCCCACCCCCCAGAUCCACCCUUGUCAUUAUAAAUGUUGGGGCAGAUUUUAUAUGGGAACAUAUCUCCUGUUAUAUAAUGGGACUUCAUGGGAGCAUUGCAAUCAGUUUAUACAAUUUUUAUAUUCAGAUGUUUUUCAGGAAUGGAACCCUUUCAUACUGGAGGGAUGCUGUACUGUACAUUAUUAUCUCAAAUUUUGUUCAGACAGACCUACAAAGGUACUGUACAUUACAUACAUAUUAUCUAAAACACUUCUAUAGUGAAGGUACAGUAUAUCUUUUAUACUCUUUCUCAUUCGUUAUCAUCUUUCUUUAGUUCAUUUUAGUUUCUCAAAGUAUUGCAGCUACAAGUAUAAAGGUAUCACAUUAAAGUGACUUUAGUAGUCACUGAUUACUAUGAUGUGUGCUCAGGCAACCACUACUAUAUUUGACAAAAAGAGUAAGUAAAUAAAUAAAUGAUGCCACCUAACUAAACAUAACAUCACAAAACAAUAAGUUAAGACUGUUAGGUUAACUUUAGGUUGAGAUGGUUUGGUUUGUGUUGUCUGGUAUAACAAACAAGAUGACCCUUGUUAGGAAGCUUGGUAGUUGGUUUAAUUCAUCUCUCAGUUCAGCUUAUGAAUUCUGUGUAAAUUUCACUGAUAGAAAAUUAUAAUUAACUGAUAAAUUUGAGCAUUUUAAUUUGUAUUAAAAGUGAGAACUUCCUUCCUUUAGAAGAGUUUUGUCAAAUAAUGCUGUAUGUAUUAGUAAACAGCUGUUACUAUAGUGAACUGUCACCAUAAUACUAAAAUAUUUUACUUAUUUAUUUUAUAUAAUUUUACAUCUCCGGUUAAAAUCUCUCUCCAAAGUUGUACAUAUUUGCCAGAUUUUAGCCAUUUUUACUUAUCCUUUUUAAGUACUCUCAUCUUUUCCCAACUUCCAUUUGACAGUGAAUCACCAAGUUUCUGACCCACACUUCCAUGCCUGUCCAGUAAAAGCACUUUGGGAAUGUUUCUCAUAAAAUUAUUGAACCUUCCUUUGUACACAUGAAUUUUUUAUAUACUGUACUUGCACUCAAAACAGAGAACAUGGGUGAAGAAUGCUUUGCAGAUUGGAUUCUAACUUGUAUUUUAUGUUUACGAGUUUCAUGAGUAACCAAUAUGGAAAUUUUGAAUGCAUAUGACUUCUUCAACUUAUCCAGUGCUUUUAAUUGUUUAUUAUUAUCACCCAAAGCUCCUAUAUACUUAUUCUGUAUCAUUAAUUUUGUAUGAUUCUUUUUGUUUACAAGAAUAGUGUAUGAAAAUAAAAAAAUUCAAUAACUUUCGGAGGCUUUAAAUUAAAAUGUUUUAAUAUGUGAUGUAUUAUUACCAAUACAAGGGGGGAGAAUUGCUCUCUAAAAUCUACCUGUGAAAGCAGUGUAAUGUGAUUGUAAUAAAAUCAUCAAAUAAUUUUU